AUGGGCAAUACGGACAGUACAAUAAAAGAAGAACAGCGUAUUCUUCGUCAUCCACAAACAGGUGAAGCAAGUGAAUUCUAUUGGGCUUGUCGAAAUGGUGAUAUUGAAAAAGUGAAACAACUUCUACUAACUGUUUCAUACGAAGAUUUAAAUCGACUUGAACCGAAUGGAAGUACACCACUUCACGCAGCGUCUUACUCUGGCCAUGUGGAAAUCGUCCGUCUUCUACUACACAAACGUGGUUGCCGACGAGAUCGUUUAAAUCGACAUGGACUGACUGCUUAUGAAGAAGCAUUUUCCGACGACAUUCGUCAGUUAUUUCAUCGUCCUCCUGGAAGAAAUCGAUUUUGUGAUCAAGAUGAUGGUAAAGAAGAUGUUGAGAAAAUGUUUCAAGUAACCGGGAAAGAUGAUGAAGAAGAAGAAGAUGAUGAUUCUGAGGAAUUUUUUGAAGAUAAAUGGCUAGCAGAGCAUGCAACGUCAAAAGAAAUCGAAGAUGCAAAGAAACUUUUAAGUGCAGUAAAACGUCUUGCUCAAUCCAAACUAACACUACUAUUGGCCACUGAUGCCGAUGAAGAUUUUAAACAGAGAAAGCAAAAAGAAGAUCUCAGUGAAAUACUUGAUGAACACGUUACCCACGAACAUCCAGAAUACGAUAAAUGUAGAGCACUGGUUACUAAAGCUUUUGCAGAAAACAAACCAGAGCCUUUGCUUCGAUUGUAUUCAUUGGAAACAGGUUUUUACCGUGCUCUUACCGCUGAUGCUGAUCCUUUGAUUUUGCCAUUAUUUUUAUUAUUAAAGAAAUUGAAACCUCGUUAUUUUCAAGGCGUUUCCUAUCGUGGUUUAAAAAUGACUGCCAAAGAUUUGCGUUCUUACCGAUGGGCACUAAAGAAAAAAGGUGCUAUUCAAACACAAACAUUUUGUUCAACGUCAUUAGAUCGAUCUGUAGCCGAAGGAUUCGCUGGUGCAACCAAUAUGAAUAACGAAGAACAAAGCGUUCUAAUGAUAUUUAACUUUGCGGAGAAAUGUGACACAGCAAUUAAUUUAAACAAAUUAUCCAAUGAACUUCCAUGUCUAUCAGAAUAUGAAAAUGAAAAGGAAGUAUUAGUGCUCCCCGUGACAUUAUUCUAUGUUGCACAUAUUGAAGAAGGAACAAACUACAUAACAAUUUACCUGAAAAAUAUUGCUGUUCGACCAACUAGUCUAUUACGAGCUAUAAAAGUUAUACGCAAAGCUGAACUAGGUGACGAAGAAAGACAAAAUGACGAAUAA